UCCAUUCCAUCUAUUCCCUAUUAGCCGAAGUUCUCAUAUUACACAGCCCAGACUUCAUUCUUAUUUUACAUAUUAUUUUAAUAGUUCAGAAAACUCUUCUGCCCCUCGGCACUUAGUCCUACCUGGAAAAAAUCCAACCACAAAACCAAUCCACUCCACCCAAGCAGCUGAAUCCUAAAGUUCAGACUGGACUCAGGAGUUCACAUAAACCCAGUUCUACCCAGUAAUUCUCAUGUUUUUCUAAAGAACUGAACAGUGAGGUUGAGUAAGGCCCUCUCACUUCAAAGCUAUUUGAAGAAAAAAAUAACAAGAAGAGAAAAAUUAUUUGAAUGGGACGUGAAUGUUUUGUUUCUUCUGGAACAUUCUACAGUAUAAAUCGCAAGUGAUACAUAGGGUCAAUAAAAAUGAAGCUACUGCUUUGGGCCUGCAUCGUGUGUGCUGCUUUUGCAAAAAAGCGUCUCCACUUCAUUGGUGAGAAAUUUCCCUCAUCUAGUGAAGAGGGUUACAAGGGCAAUCGUCACCCACUUAACCCAUCUCUGAAUAUUCCUUAUCCCAUACCAAACAAUGAUGUCACUCCUUCUUACUAUGCUCCACGGAAUAAUUUCCCAAAUCACCCUUGGACUCCUAACUCUGAUACGGGGGUAUCCCUGUAUCCCUGGAUUCGCACUGCUCCUGGAGCCAUCAACCGCAUUCCUAGUUUUCUCCUACCUACUUGGUUGGCCCCUCCUCCUUCUUCUCCUCCAGGGGCUUCUCCCCAUGUCCCUCCCUCAAGUACACCUGUAAGAGCUUUUGGCUCACCUAAUGAAGCUGCAGCCAAACUUGAGCCUCUUGCAGCCACACCUCCUGCACCAGAGGUUGUUGCAGUUGACCCUGCUGUGAUUGAGCCUGAUGAAGUGGAACCUGCUGUAGCCACACUUCCUGCAGCCAUAUGUGCUCCAGCUUCACCUGCUGCAGCCAUACCUCCUGCAGCCUCACUUGCUGCAGCUAUACCUCCUGCAGCCUCAUCUGCUGCAUUUGAGCCUGAUGCCCCAGAACCUCAGCUUUCUCCUUUUCCUGAUCAGGUAAAGGAAUGAAAUCUUCUAGAGAGGAGAGUACCAUGCAUUUGUUUCUGUACUGGUACAGAAAUCCGUGAAAUCUACAAAAAUUUACUUUUCCGAAGACUCUCAUUCUGUUAUAUUAAAAAUAUCAAUCUCA